AACCAAAUUUCGAUUUUGACAGUUGCACCCAAUCAAAAAAUCAAUACUUUAUCUAGAACUUUGAGGGGUUUUACUCGAUCCUUUUUCAGGAGGAUCAGUCUUAAAUCUAUUCUCUUAGGUCAAACAACAGUUAAAGUUCAAAGAAACGUCUUUAAUUCAGAAAUGAUGGCGGACCCGUGGACUAUACAAGCACAUGAGCAUGCGAAGUUCUCGGAGCACUUUAGAAACCUUGGACCUGUCAAUGGAAAUUUGACGGGCGAACAAGCUAAAAGAUUCAUGUUACAGUCUCAGCUUCCUCCACCGGUCUUGGGACAAAUAUGGUCACUGGCGGACACGAACGCCGACGGUAAGCUGGAUUUGAAGGAGUUCUCUAUAGCUUGCAAGAUUAUAAACUUGAAACUGCGCGGCUUAGAGGUGCCGAAGAUGCUUCCACCAUCUCUGAUCGCCUCUUUAAGCCCCACAGGAGGCCAAUCGCAACAGGUCGUUCCGCCGGCGAAACCAGCCAUUCCGCCCCUGCCCAACAUACCUCCCCAACCUCUGAUCUCCGGUCUAUCGCCCACUCAACCGUCCAACCAGUCGUUGCUCGGUGAUUUCGGCUCCGGUCAGCCGCUGAUCCAACCUUUGGUCCAGCCCGUCAAACCGCCCGUCAGUACGGUGCCGGAUCUGAUCUCCGGCGUGAAGCCGUUGUCGCAAUCCUUGCUAGACUCCCCACCCAUGGCCCCCACUGUUCAGCCGUUGAUUGGCACUGUCCAGCCAUUAAUCGGUCCAGAUCCACUGAUGGGCAGCGUCCAACCCCUGAUUGGCUCCCAGCCACUGGCCGGACCCACGCCCCUAGUGAGCUCACCCCAAACUCUAGUCAAUUCAUCACCAUUAGUCUCGUCACAGCCGAUUAUGUCCAGCCAGCCGUUAAUUAGUGCUUCUACGAUCUCCGCACAACCUCUUGGAACAAUGCAGCCCCUGAUAGGGACCGCUCCACCUAUUAUGGGAGCGACUCAGGCCCUGAUCCAGUCUCCCCCCCUGUCUGGUCCGCAACAACCCGCGCCGGUCACGGCCGCGUCGUUUGGGGGUAGUCCCCCGCACCCGGUGGUCGCAGCUUCGGUUCCCGGACAGCCGGUGACGUCUACGCCGAUCGCGGCUCUGAACAAAGAGGUCAUAUCGAAACCAGGAUCCGUAGUGACGAGUCCCGAAGUCCCGAUGGGAGUGAUGAGCCCCCCUCCCAUGGAGUGGGGGGUGCCGCAGCCACAGAAACUCAAGUACACGCAGCUGUUCAACGCCACUGACCGCGCGAAGACCGGAUCCGUUUCCGGGACGCAGGCGAGGUCCAUCAUGCUGCAGUCCAGACUCCCACAGCAAAGCCUGGCCCAGAUCUGGGCGCUGGCCGAUCUGGACGCCGAUGGGAAAUUGGGCUGCGAAGAGUUCGUCCUGGCGAUGUACCUGUGCGAGAAGGCGACGCAGGGCGAGCCGGUGCCCGCCAGGCUGCCUCCGGAACUGAUCCCGCCUUCCUUCAGGAGGGAAUCGGUUUCGUCCACGAGCAGCGCUAAGUCGUACGAGGAGCGGCGGCGGGAGAACAUGGCGCGCGGACAGGCCGAGCUCGAGCGCCGACGGACGCAGCUGGCCGACGCACAGAUGAAGGAGAAGGCAGAGAGGGAGAGGAAAGAGCGAGAGGAAGCCGAGAAGAGAGAAAAACUCCGUCUGGAGGCCCAGCAGAGGGAGCAGGAGGAGUUACUCCGUAAACAGAAGGAGGAACAGGAAAAACGCGAAGCUGCACGCAAAGAGAUGGAGAGGCAGUGCCAGCUGGAGUGGGAGAAGAAACGGACCAGGGAACUGGAAGCGCUGAGGAGCGAGGAGCAGAGCAAGGUGUUGAGUCUGAAGGCGAAGUGCCAGUCGCUGAGCGCGCAACUCGGCGCCGAGAGCGUCCGCUGCAGCACCCUGGCCGCCAGCAUCCGGGACACCAGGACCGCCGUCGCCGCCGACAAGCGGACCAUAGACGGCAUGAGGUCCGACCGGGACUCCAGCAUGGCGGAGAUGCAGCAGCUGAAGGCGCGAGUCAAGGAGCUCAACGCGAAGCAGAUCGCUUUGAACAAAGAGAAGGCGGAGUUGGACGCCAAGGCUAAAGCCGCAGAGGGCGCUGGUGAGGAUGGGAAACUCAGCAUGAUGGAGGUCACGCUCAAGCAACUCCGGGAGAAGGUGGAGGCCGCCAAAGCUAUCGUUGAAUCGAAGACCGCGGACCUGCAGCACAACGAGGCCCAGCUGGCGGAGCUGAACGCGACGGUAGCGACGCUCAGCGACAAGUGCGAGAAGGUGUGGAAGCUGUACGAGGAGAAACGGAACGAGUACAUCGAGAGGAGGAACACGGCGCCCGCGGAGGGGACCUGGGGCAGCAGCGACGCGGACUGGGGCGCCGCGGACGCCGCGUGGAGCUCCCCCCCGGCCGAGGACGCGUGGGGCGACGCGCCCACCACCACCGCCACGGAGACGGUGCAGACCGCAGCCCCCGGGGGCGAGGGCCCGCAGCCGCCGCGGUGGCGCUGCGUGUACCCGUUCGUGGGGCGCAGCGCCGACGAGCUGAGCGUGCAGCCCGGGGACCUCAUCGUGCCGCGCGCGCCCCCCGCCGCGCCAGAGCCCGGCUGGGCCUGGGGCAGCGCCAGGGGUCAGAGCGGCUGGUUCCCGGAAUCGUACGUGGAGGACCUCAACGCUCCCACCGCGUUCGUCACCGAGGUCAUCGAGACCCUCGAGCCAAAGACGCAGCUUGAAGGGAUAGCGGAGGUACCCGAACAGGAGGCCACCAGCGACCUCGGGGGCGCGCUGCCGGCAGUAGUAGAUCCCGGCCGGACGGUAAGCGAGCCCGUUUCUGUUGAAGACGACGGCGAGUUCUACAUAGCGUCGUACCCGUACAGCUCCUCGGAGCCCGGCGACCUGGUGUUCGAGGCCGGCGAGAGGAUCGAGGUGGUGCGGCGCGACGGCGACUGGUGGACCGGCAGGAUCGGGGCCAGGACCGGCAUAUUCCCCUCGAACUACGUGUCCCGGGAGGCAGCGCCCGCGGCCACCUCGGAGCCCCAGGACUCCGCCCCGGCCGAGGCGUCCCCCGCACCCCCCGCCGCGCCCGAGCAGGAGGACACGUCGCCCCCCAACACAACUCCGCCGAUACCUGCCUCUCAGGACCAGAAGUCCUCGACGCCGAUAUCGUCAGAGGUGGCCAUGAUCACGGACCCCGCGCGGCCCCCCUCCGCCGCGGGGGCGCGCCGCGACUCCGGGCGCGACUCCGUCACCGGCCGCCGCAAGCACGAGAUAGUGCAGGCGCUCGCCAGCUACACCGCCACCAGCCCGGAGCAGCUGAGUCUGAUGAAGGGACAGCUGCUGGUGGUGCGCAAGAAGGCCGACAGCGGCUGGUGGGAGGGCGAGCUGCAGGCCAAGGGCAGGAACCGGCAGGUCGGCUGGUUCCCCGCUUCCUACGUCAAGGUGCUGCAGUCGUCGGGGCGGACCUCGGGCCGCACCACUCCCGUGCUCUCCUCGAAGAUGGACGCUCUACCCACGGAGACGGUCAUCGACAAGGUGGUGGCGCUGUAUCCGUACACGGCUCAAAACGCGGACGAGCUCAGCUUCGAGAAGGACGACAUCAUAGCCGUCACCGACCGCAGCCAGGACCCGGCGUGGUGGCAAGGCGAACUUCGUGGCAUGGUCGGCCUCUUCCCCAGCAAUUACGUUACGAAAUUAGUUAAUUAAUUUAAAUUUAAUGAUGUUUGUUCUGUACCGAACUGAGAGAAUGUCUUCGUUUUUAACUAUGGAGGGUAGAUGUAAGGAGCGCCAUCUUGUAUAGGGGACAAGUUGAAGUCCGCCUGUAAACAGCGAGUUGUUGGAAGACUCACCGAAAUACCGCUAGUGUAGGAAUGAAUGUGAAUAUAGCAGGUUUAAACAAAGCGGAGUGUGCCUGGUAUAUUUAAAAUCUCAACUAUUUAUUUUUACUAGUGAUCGCUCAGUAAACGAAAUUCGACUAUAAUUAAUUGAAAUUAUAAGUUUGAACAUUAUUGUGGUUCUAUUGUCAAAGACUAUUAAAUAAUUCUUCUAUAAUCACAUAUUUCGCCAAGGCUACACUUUAGACAAAUAUUAAUGAAGACAAACAAUAUUAAUCUAUUCUCAAUUUGACCACAAACUUUAAACAAUAACAAAAGUUUGACAAUAAACAUAGAGUUACCUCUUUAAUAUAUUAUGUUUAUAAUAUAUGUAAGCAUUAUGUAAUAUACAUAAUCUUAUAUGUGUUGUGUCAAAUACAUGGUGUGUAAUGAUUUUUAAAAUUGAUUUAACGUAUAUUUUAUGCAUAAUUAAAGAAAAUAUUAACAUUCUGCACUCCUCUAUAUUCUCUAUAAGUGUGGGAAAAUUCAUACUAAACAGAGCGAAGUGUGUCGGGUUGAAAAAAAAUUAUAUUUUUCGUGACUUGCAUAGUUGCAAAAACAUAAUAGUUUAAAAAAAGAAAAAAUGAUUUUAUUGUAAAAAAAAAAGCGUGGGUUGCAUGGUAUUAGUAGUUAUAAAUAUUUUAUGAACAGAUAUGAGUAGAAGGGUUAUUUUGAUAAUAUCCUGAAAAGCACCCCACGCUUUUUUUACAACAAAAUCAUUUUUCUUAUACUAUUUUUAAUUUAAAUUUAUUUUCCAAAUUUUAGUUAUAUUUUCUAUAAAACCGUAUUUUGUUAGUUUUUUUAGACUAUAAUUUAUUUUUCAUUUUUUACUUAAUUUAAUUUCAAUUUUCUCAAUUUUUUUUUAAAUAUUGAAUUGUCAUCGGUCCUUAAUAAGUAUGCAAAGUUUUGAAUUAAUCCGAAGUUUUGAAGGAAGUCAAAAUCAUGUUCAUAGAUUCCGUUACAUACUAACAUACAUACGUCUGAAGCUAAUAAAACCGUAAGCAGUAAUUAAAAUCUGAACUAUUAAUUUUUUUAUUACUCUUCACGUAAGAAGUGUUUCUUUCCUUCUUAAUUUAGUAUCUUACUCUAGUUAUGUAGUUUAAUAAUUAACAGUUUAUAGAGCUGUUUGUAAAAUCCUUCCACUAGCUACUGUGGCGCCAUCUUAAUUGGCUCGCUUUCUAGCGGACACUUUUAGGUAGCUAGCUGCUCGGCUCUGCCCCUGGCAUUGCUGAAGCCCAUGGGCGACGGUAACCCCUCACCCAUCAGGUGGGCCGUAUGCUCGUCUGCAUACAAGGGCAAUAAAAAAAAAUUAAUACACUGAUAUGGCGCUCCUUAAUUCUACACUCUAUGGUUUAUUAUCAUAAAUAAAACAUGCCUGUGUAUGUUUUUUUUUUCUUCGUUUUGAUUUUCUUUCAUACAGCCUUGAAUGAACAAUUUUCAAGUACCUGAAAUAUAUAUAGAUAUGUAGCUAUACAAUUUAAAGGACUUGCAGAGUUUUUUAAUUACUUUGCAACAAAAAAAUGAUAACUUCCACAUUUCUCGGAAAUAAAUAUUAUAUGUAACUAAGUGAUGUUACUAACAUAUAAUUUAUUGAACUACAUAUAAUAUAUUGAAUAAUGGUAUAUGUGCGAAAACAACAUAGUUACGUUUGAUGUAUCGUAAGCGACCUCAAACAUGAGCUUGUCCGUCGUGAGACGCUAUGAGGCGUGUCUCAAUAAUUUACGUCAGCGUUAUAUAAAGAUUAUACCAAUGAUACCAACUAUGCGGUCUAAAAGCUAGUUCCACUAAUGAACCACAACCUCUUCCUUGCAAUCUAUCUUAUUUUUAUGUUAUUGUUGCUAGUAUCUAAAGUGGCUUAAAAGUAGAGUUACUAAUGGUAAAUAGAUUAAAAAAAUAUCACCUAAAUUAGAAGUUGGCGUUUAAAAUGUUUAUUAGAAUUAUUAUCUGCAUUGUUUUAUAAUAUUGUAUAUUCCGCUUAUUGUAUCGAGAGGUGAAAGGUUUUAAAAUUUGGAAUAAAAUAUAUAAAAAAAAACUUCAACUAUUUGAAUGGUAUAAACUUAAUUGAAGUUCAAUUAAAAACAUUGAACUGUUGAUGCUUGUAUUAGAUAAAACAAACCUUUAAUUUCAUAGAUAAAUGUCGCUUAAAUCAAAUAACCUUUCCCCCUUCAAAUUAUUAUCGCGCGUAAUAAAUAAUUGCAUGUUAUAAAAUAUUUAUAUUUUUUUUAAAUGAACACAAAAUGCACAACGUAAUGUAUCGAUAAUGUGAAAAAACUCAGCGAACAAAAAUGUAGUGACUGGCACGACCAUCUUGUUGCGAGUGACAGAUUAAAACAAACACAAAAUGGCGGUGGGCCAUUAAGUGCUCCCAGCUUGAAAAAAUAUAUUUGAAUGUUUUUGUUCAAAACAUAAUAAAUAUAUGCGAUCGGAUUACUUAAUUGGUUACAAUACUAUCAAUUUAGAACUGUCACCGAGAAAAUAAAAAAGUUGAAAUAUAAUAGUAUAGUUUGUUCACUAGCGCGGGAAGGGAACUGCGAAGUCUUGCAGUUUUUUUUUUAAAAACUGAACAAUAAAUGUUAAAGAAAUGGUAUUUCACGAGUUUUUAUAUUAUUAUUGUGUUAUAUUUUAAGGUAUGAGAAUUGCAGAGUGAAACAAAUGGUUUUGUUAUAAUCUGUUUAAUUUUGUUUAUUGUUUCAUUCUUCGAUCGAUUUGUUGAAAUUUUAGGUUAUAUCCUAACGACUUAGAAAUUUUUAUUACCUACAUUCCAGUCGUCACUGAAAUAAAGGUUUGAUUGAUGGUUUUAAGAAGCACAAAUCGAAAGUCGGAUGAUGACACAGUGUUGAAUAGAAACACAAUGUGUUUAUUAGUUUAAUAAGUACAAUAUUAUUAACUCGUUAUAGUCAUGACGACAAGUUACAUAGUUGCAAUUUGUUUAGUGAGCGUACCAAUUGGCUUGUAUGUAUUCGUUAAGAUUUUGUCUCGAAUAUAAUCUAGUUCGGUUUCUUAUUGUAGUAAAUAAAUGUUUACAGCUUAAA